AUGGAUACCAAAUUUGCACAAAAUGUUGAUACUAAGAAGGGUGUUAGAGCAAGGUGUUGCAACUCGGGCAUUUUGCCAGAAGACUCGGCGCCUCCGCCGGAGAUCGGUGUCAACUCCGCGAGUUUCGAGUCGGACUCGGCUGCAAAGUUGAAAUCGUUCAUCGGAAUGGAGGACUACGUGGCACCGAAGAUCAUACUAGGGAAGGUCCACAACUUCGCUGUGGACUGUUGGUGCUUGGGCGUUAUACUAAACAAGAUGUUGUACGGAACGACACAGUUCCGGGGGUUGAACAGGAAAGAAACGUUCCACCGGAUAUUGAAGAAGUUGCCGGUUACAUAUGUGUAUAUUUGCCAACUAAUUCAAAAUGAGAAGGGAUAUCGAAUUAGGAGCGAUAAUGGAGGUGAAUUCGAACCUAAGGACUUUAUUGAAUAUUAUGAUAAGUUUGGCAUUAAGCAUGAAUUUUCUACACCUAAAACAACACAACAGAAUGGUGUAGUGGAAAGAGUCGUUGUUGAUCAUUUGAAGCAAGCUUGGAAUCAAAAUGGUGAUUUUGGAGAAGUUCAAGUGCCAAAGCUCGAGUAUAAGUUCCACAGCUCGAGCACAAAGUCAACUGAAGCAAGAAAAGCAACCAAGGCCAAAAGGCUCAAGCAGAGACUCAAGACCUGGAGCAGAAGUCAAAAAGCUCAAGCAGAAACCAAAAAGCUUGUGCAGAAGUCUCAAGGCUCGAGCACCCAAGCAAGAUGA